UCAGUAUACUACAACCGCUGUUUAAUAAACUUAACCUCACCAAGAGCGUCGCGCGUUUACUUACGUUAUUCAACGUUCACAGCAAGUCGAACUAAUUUCUGAAUAAAUAUCUAAAUAAGUUUAUAAACAUGUCGAAAGCACAUCCUCCAGAACUCAAAAAAUUCAUGGACAAGAAACUCAGCCUGAAACUGAAUGGAGGAAGACAAGUUACCGGCAUUUUGCGUGGUUUUGAUCCCUUCAUGAACCUCGUGGUUGAUGAAAGCAUCGAGGAGUGCAAGGACGGCUCAAAGAACAAUGUUGGCAUGGUGGUUAUCAGAGGAAACAGCAUUGUAAUGUUGGAGGCACUGGAUAGAGUAUAAUAGACUUUGACAUCAUGUAUUUGAAUGCUACACUAAGAUAGAUUACCAUUAAUUUAGAAUUAUGUUUAAUUUGUAAUAAAUAAUUAUAAAAACAAGGAAA